UGACACAUUUUCGUUUCACUUUACAUGGUUGUGCAAAAACUCUGAUGAAAUACGACAAAUCGUAAAUAAAAUACCACGAAAAUGACUGAUAAACGUAAUCUAUCCUUAUCGCCCGAACGUAUCGGCAAAUAAUUAAAAUCGGAUUAUCCAUUUUUAUGCGAACAGUUUACAGGUGAAACGUAAUGCUGACGGUGGGCUUGGCAUUAUUUUUGUAGUUUAUAAAGUUUAUAUUGGAAACGCAUUUACGGAUAAACAUGAGCAACAAAGUAGUGGUAGAAUACGAUUACACGGCGAAAGAACCCGACGAAUUGACCCUACGAAAGGGCGAUGUGAUAACGGACGUGGUGAAAAAACAAGGCGGCUGGUGGGAGGGCACCCUGCACGACAAAACCGGCAUGUUCCCCGACAACUUCGUCCGCUCCCUCGACAAAGACAACGCCGUCGUGCUGCGCAACCAAAAGGACGUCACCCGGAUACGCCAAUGCCGGGCCGUCUUCUCCUACGAUCGAGACCACGAGGACGAGCUCAGCCUCAAAGUGGGCGACAUCAUAGACAUAACGGGCGAGGAGGAGGAGGGCUGGUGGCGGGGCGUUUUGCACGGCAAGGAGGGCGUUUUCCCUUCGAAUUUCGUCAAGGAAGUGGCCUGGCAGCCGAGCCCUUCGCUUCGCGUAUCGACCGAUCCGGAGCUGAACGGCACCGAACACAAACCGCCCAAACUACCGGCCAAACCGAGUAAACAGCUCUGCGAGGCGACGUUUCCCUACAAGGCGCAAAACGAGGACGAGUUGUCGUUCGAAGAGGGCGACUUGAUAACGAUAGUGAGCCGCGAUUGCGCCGAUCCCGGCUGGUGGUUGGGCGAAAUCAACGGCAAAACCGGCGUGUUCCCCGACAACUUCGUAACGCCCGUUACCGAUAGCAAAACCAACAGGAAAUCGACUGCGAUCGAUUCGAAAGGUGCCAUAAAAUCGGUCGCUUCGCAGAGGAAAUCGAUCGAAGUGAAGAAGGAAACGGUCCAACCGGAGACAACCAAACCGUCGCCGGUCGCCAACAAACCCACGGUGUCGUCGAUAAAGUCGCCGUUGAAUUCGGGCUUCCUCACGGAGAUCAAAAAGAAAAUCGAAGAUACCAUCGACGGCGCGAUGAGCAGUAAAGCGGGCGUCGAAGAGGGCCCCGCUAAGGAGACCAACGCGUUCGAUAACGUCGAAAGGCGGCCCCUUUUGACCGACGUCAGGGCCACCAGAGCCAAAGCGCCGGGCCGCCGUCUGCCCACCGCGGCUGCGCACAAGGACGAGGCGGUGCCAGCUGAAUCGCCCGAGGAGGUACCCCAGGAGGCCCCCGCCAAACCGAAGCUGCGCGAAUGGGAGAAGCACAAAGCCCCGUGGUUGGAGGAAAUGAAACUGAAUCAAGUCAGGCGCACACUCGUCAGCUCGGUGGACGAGAACUCCAACGAGCACCAGCACAAAAAGGACGUGGAGAAGGAGGAGAAAGUGGAGAAAGUGGAGCCGGUUGUUGGGGAAUCGAAGCGUUCUCCGGAGGACAAGCGAUCGAUGGAGUACGUGCUGGAGCGUUUGGAGCGGCUGGAAGGGAUCGUUCGGAAGCAGGCGAGGGUGAUCGAGGAGAUGCAGGAGAAGUUGCAGAAGUUGCAGGCGUAGUACGCGUCCGGAAGAGGAUGUGUCCGGAUCCGGUCGGAGUUAUUGUGGAAAUGUGACCGGGUUGAUCUGGAUGUGUCCGUGUGUAUUAUUAUCCGUAGGUUGUAUAUAGAGAGUUGAUGAGAAGGUUGUUGAAUACGUUGUAAGUAAGAGUGAUGAAUCGAAAUCGAUGGUUUGAACGUAGGUUAAGUAAGAAAUUCGCCUUAUAUGUAUUUAAUUUAAUUUUUUUUUGUUAUUUGUUUUUUAUACAUAUAUAUUUUUAUCUUUAUUAUUUUGCGUAAUAAAUUUUGUACUUAUUGAUAUUUUUUUUGGUAUACACUGGGUGUUCCUAACGUCGAAUUAGUGGUUGAAAUAUUCCGUUUUUUCGACGGUAAAUUAAUGAAGGUAUUUAAAUAAGUAUAUUGAAAUAUUUUUGUAUGCGAGCUAAAUGCGUAUUGUGUUUUGUAUAUUUGCAUUUUACUGUACAAUUAUUUUGAACGCG